AUGUCUCUCGCUCUACCGUCCUCAGCCGGGCCAUCCAGUGGCAAGGUCAAGGCUCCGACGCCUUCGGCCGUUUCGCAAUCUGGAUCCGCAACGGAUGGAAAGCCGGUGACCAGUGUUCCAGAGAUCACAGCGGUACAGGGUCUAGUCCCGACGUUGCAAAACAUUGUCGCCACUGUCAAUCUCGAGUGCCGUCUGGAUCUCAAGACGAUAGCGCUGCACGCGCGAAACGCAGAGUACAAUCCAAAGCGAUUCGCCGCUGUGGUCAUGCGUAUUCGAGAACCUAAAACGACAGCCUUGAUCUUCGCAUCUGGAAAGAUGGUCGUCACAGGUGCCAAAUCUGAAGACGACAGUCGAUUGGCAUCGAGGAAAUACGCUCGAAUCAUCCAAAAGCUAGGGUUCGAAGCGAAAUUCGCAGAGUUCAAGAUUCAAAACAUUGUGGGAAGUUGUGAUGUUCAUUUCCCGAUCCGAUUAGAGGGCUUGGCAUUCAGUCAUGGAGCGUUCAGCAGCUAUGAGCCAGAAUUGUUCCCUGGUCUCAUCUACCGCAUGAUGAAGCCAAAAGUCGUGUUGCUCAUCUUUGUCUCUGGAAAGAUUGUACUGACCGGAGCAAAGGUGAGAGAAGAGAUUUACAUGGCGUUCAAUCAGAUCUACUCGGUCUUGGUCGAGUUCCGUAAAGAGUCAUAG